AUGGUCGCCUACAAAGUGAUUUUGGCCGUCGCCGUCGUGUUCUUGGCUGUAAUCGUUCAAAUCCAGAGUAGACCCGGCGUCGAAACCGAAUUUACAUCGAUCUUCGACGAAGUAAAGUCCAUAACAGGUAACAUUGCCAAAGUGGUCGAAGAUAACACCGCCAAUAUUACCGCCAAUAUUACCAAUAUUACCACCAAUAUUACCAAUAUUGCCGCCAAUAUGACCACUUCUGCCAAGAACCAUCUGAGUGAUUUCGCCGAUGGUAUCAAAACCGAAAUCCAAAGUUUUUAG